CUCUUUAUAUAUAUAUAUAUAUAUGCAGUAAAUGAAUGAAUGUUCCAAAAAGUUUGCACCCAAAUGAAAACGCGCCGCUCAGGUAGUGUAUAACGCGCUGGGAAAGAUCAAAGAAAGAAAAUUGAAAAAUUCACCUCGGGGUCGAUUUCCCAGUACGACCAAGAAUUAAGUAUUCAGUAUUCAGACACCCAGUCAAUUAAAGUGAUUUGGUGGUAGAUGAGCUGGUAUAAGAAGAACAAUCCUGAAGUUAGUAAGGAAACUUUGAGUUCUUCAAAUCCCGUGAGUACUCCGAAAAAGGAAAGUUAUAUCCAAGUUCCAUCGUCAUCUCCAAUUGCUAUUAAGUCAUCGCCUACUCAACUGCCAUCAAUGAUUCCUUCUAGUAUUACCGGAAAGAAGAGUUCGACUUCUAUAGAUGAAGCUAAGGAGAGACAAUUAGAAGCCAAAAGACAAGCUAUAAGGCAACAUAAGGAUUUUCCUAUUAUACGGAAACGAUUCUUUUAUUUAAAGGAAAGUGAUAUAUUUAAAGGAUUUGUUAAGGGGAAGGGGAAUUUAAGAGAUAUCACUCAAUGGUUGAGUGAUAAUUAUAAUGAGCAUGAUAUUUUGCAGCAUGAAGAAAAUGAGCGGAAGAAACGGACGGAAGAAGAAGAACGAAUUAAACAGAACUCAUUAGCAGAAAAGAUGAAGCGAGAAUAUGAAGAACGACAAGAAAGAAUUAGACAACAGAAGUUAAUAAAUGAGUCCUUUACGCUGGAUCUUGAUGAUGAUGAGAAGAACAACAUUAGUGAGGAUGAAGAUGAAGGAGAAGGAGAAGGCGAAGGCGAAGGAGAAGGAGAAGGUAUUAAAUCUGCCGAUGAUGAAGAUAAGUCACCGGUUAAGAUUAAAUUUAGAGGUAGAGCCGUUGUUAAGAAUGAACCAUCGCCUAUUCGAUCACAAGAUUCAGCACCCAUAAUCUCCACCAAAGUUACUACCAAUAAACCCAAGAUAUCUAUUCUUGAUAAGUAUAAGUUUAAGCCCAAAGCUCAAGCUACUUUAGAUAGUUUUGGUAGUGGAAGUGAACCGAUUCCUAAAAAGAGAAAGUUAGUUCGCGGUUCAGCUCUUGAUAGUAAUGGAGCAUCAUCUAUUUCACCCAGUCCUAUUACCACCAAAAGCAAUUCUCCAAUAAUUAUUCCAAGAUUAACUGCCACAUAUGCCUACGAAGAUGACCGGUAUAAAACCACUAAGAAAAGAGUGGAUCGAGAAGAAUAUUCUAAAGAUGAAGAUAUUAAUAAUAUGAUUGUUUCCGAUGAUGAUCUUGAUCGAUUAGAAGAAAAAAUCAAAGAGAAUAAGAAAGCUGCCAGAAAUAAAAGGAAUGAAGUUGUAUCUGUUAUUAGUGAUGAAGAAUUAGAAGAAGAUGAUGCAAGUGAUGAUAUGUCGGAAGAAGACGAUGAGGCCAAUUAUAGUGGAGGUCUUACCAGUAUUGACUCACAAAUCUUGGAAUUCAUUAACAAUGCCAGUGUUCAAGAUUUGAUGGAAAUUUGUAUAAUAGAACCUCCUAUUGCUGAACUUGUUGCUAGUCAACGUCCGUUUAGUAAUAUCUAUGAAAUCUCCGAGAAUGAAUUCUUAUUACCGGAUGAAACCAAUCAAACCAGUAGCAAUAAGAAGAAUAAUAGAAGAAAGAAAACCAUUGGUUUAAGAAUUGUUGAGAAUACUGAACAUAGUUUGAAGGGGUAUAAGGCAGUAGACUCCUUAAUCAAGACAUGUUCGCAGUAUGGAGAGUCUAUUUCCAAGCAGAUUAAAUCUUGGGGAGUCACUGUCACAGGCGAGGGAGAAUUGGAUCUUGUUGAGAUAGACCCUAUCAAUGAAGGAGAGGUUACUGAAGUUAUUGAUUUAGAGGAGAAGGAGAAGGAGAAGGAGAAGAGCAGUAAGAGUAGUAAGAAGGUAUAUAAUGUAGAUGAAGAGGAGGAGGAUGAGGAUGAGGACGACGAGCAUGAUCAUGAUCAUGAUGAAGAUGGAGAAGAAGAUAACGACGAUAUAGUCAUAACUCAUCACCGUAAGAAGGGACUCAGGUAUAUCAAACAUAAGCCAAGCUUAUUACCGGAUGAUAUCACUUUAAAUAACUAUCAACAAGUAGGUAUCAAUUGGUUAAAUCUAUUAUAUCAAAAUAACUUAUCAUGUAUCCUUGCAGAUGAAAUGGGGUUAGGUAAGACUUGUCAAGUUAUAUCAUUUAUGGCCCAUCUUAAAGAAACAGAAUCAAGUAAAGGUCCCCAUUUAGUCAUUGUUCCUGCUUCAACUAUAGAAAAUUGGUUAAGAGAAUUUAAUAAAUUUUGUCCUGAUAUAAAAGUUCAAGCGUAUUAUGGAUCAGUUCGAGAACGAGAAGAUUUAAGAUAUGAUUUACGAGAUGUUGAAUUUGAUGUUUUAGUUACAACUUAUGCCUUAGCCACUGGUUCAUCAAUUGAUUUUAAAUUUUUAAAGAGUCAAGAUUUUAAUAUUAUAGUAUAUGAUGAAGGACAUCUUUUAAAGAAUUCUAGUACUGAAAGAUAUAAUCGAUUAAUGAGAUUAAAGGGGAAAUUUAGAUUAUUAUUGACUGGGACUCCAUUACAAAAUAAUUUACGAGAAUUAGUAUCAUUAUUGGCAUUUAUGUUACCUAAAUUGUUUAAUGAGAAGAAGGAUGACUUACAGGGAUUAUUCAGUCAGAAAUUGAAUACCACUGUCACAUCUACAGGUACAGGUACUGGAACAGGUACUAGAACAGGUUCAGCCACUCCUACUUCGACUGCUUCAACUCCUAAUAGUUACAAUCCCCUUUUAUCAGUUCAAGCGAUUAGUAAAGCUAAGACUAUGAUGACACCGUUUGUAUUAAGAAGAAGAAAGAAUCAAGUAUUACAACAUUUACCUGCUAAAUGUCAUGAGAUUAUUAAAUGUAAUUUAUCGUCAACUCAAGAAAAAGUAUAUCAUGAAUAUUUAAGUAAGGCCAGAAAUACUAAAGAAGAACGAGAAAGAAGAAAGUUAUUAAGUUCCAAAGAACAAUUGGAAUUAUCAAGAACUAAACCAAUUGAAUCAUCAACCAAUACAUUAAUGUCAUUAAGAAAAAUAUCAUUACAUCCAUUAUUAUUCAGACUUGAAUAUGAUGAUUCUAAAUUAAGAAAAAUGGCUAAAGCUAUAAUGGGAGAACCAGAAUAUGUCGAAGCUAAUGAGACAUAUAUUUUUGAAGAUAUGCAAGUUAUGAAUGAUUUUGAAUUAAAUAAUCUCUGUGAGAAGUUCCCCCAUUCUUUAAGUAAAUUUAGACUUGAAGAUGACAAAUUCUUAAACAGUGGUAAAGUCAUUCAAUUAAAUAAACUCUUAAAGAAUAUUGUAAGUAAGGGAGAGAAAGUAUUAAUCUUUUCCCUUUUUACACAAAUGUUAGAUAUCUUAGAAAGAACAUUCACAUUAUUCAAUUAUAAAUUCGUCAGAUUAGAUGGAGCCACUAGUGUGGAAACUCGUCAAGAUAUUAUUGAUCAAUUCUAUGAUGAUGAAACUAUUCCUAUAUUCUUAUUAUCUACUAAAGCUGGAGGAUUUGGAAUUAAUUUGGUGGCAGCCAAUAAUGUUAUUAUUUUCGAUCAAUCAUUUAAUCCUCAUGAUGAUAAACAAGCAGAAGAUCGUGCUCAUAGAGUGGGACAAACCAAAGAAGUAACCGUUUAUAAGCUUAUUGUCAAUAAAACUAUUGAAGAGAAUAUCUUACAAUUGGCCGAAAACAAAUUACAAUUGGAUGAGACAAUUAGUAACGAAAGCAAUGGUGACUCCAAGCUUGAAGAAAAGACUGCAUCAUUGUUUGAAAGUGUAUUGUUUCAAUAGGUAGCUUAUAGACUCUGUAAUGUAUGUAAUAUAGCCGGAGGUAUACGUCCGCACACGUGAUGCAAGUCACACCUCUAUUUUUUUUUUUCUUCUUCCUCUCUUGCUUACGUAAUGGCAAUUUUCUCAUCUUUUGUUCCGGGAGUUUUCCAAAUUGAUUUAUAAUGAGCCAGACAUAAUCGCAACUCAU